AAAGGUUACCGUUUUGUAAUCAUCGAAGUUCCAUCUCUAUAUAAAUAUUGAGUACUCGGUACUCCAAUACAUUUCUUUACGGGAUCUCGCAUUUAAAGCCAAAUGGGAUUAGUGGGAUGAUCCCAAUUUUCAUAAGGGAGAAGAAAGAUGAGGCAGCCAUUGUUCUCUUUCAAAUUCGCCUUCUUCUUCUCCCUUUCUCUCGCCUCUUCAUACACUGUCACUUCCACCCCAACAUUCUACUCCUUCCGCAAGCUUAAACUACGUUCCUCUGCUUCGCCGCCCGUACCCAAGGCCUCAGCAGCGGAUUUGCUUGCUCUGUUGGGCCCACCUCAACAAGCCUCUGCUGUCAACUCUCAAGAGGCACGCCAGCUACGUUCUUGCUUCAAAUUCCUCGUUCCUUUUUGUCCAAGUACGCAGACUUCAAAUAGACGCUCGUUGAGUGAUGAUCGAAGGAGUAUAAGCGAAGAGAAUGAGCUUAUUUGGUGGCCUCCGGCGCAGGUGAUGGAGCUUGCUCGGCUCGCUGUUGACUCUGGUGGUGAUACUGCGUCUAUUCAAAGGACUCUUGAUCCCACAGUCAUCCCUGUUCCUGACAUUGAAGGAUCAAAGGAAGACCGAUGUGAACUUACUAGAACUCCUUAUGGGAGACUAUUUAUUAAUGAGGAGAUAAAUUCAUACCUUGAAUCUUUGUUUGAAAUGAUUGUUGCUCGGGGACCCAGUGUAGGGCUGAAUGUAUCGUUGUCGCGCUUUGACUUCUUUCAUGGUCAUGUCUUUCUUGCCAGAGACUCUGGAAGGCUUGGGAUUUUGUUCCAUGCUAAGGAGUAUCCAGCAUAUGAUAAGGAAGUCUUUCCUUGCAACAUGGGCUACUGCCAAAUUGGAACUAAUGUCUCUUAUGAUGAUUCAAUGAAUUUGCGAAACAUAUUGUGGCUAGCUCCAUUAGCUAGCAACUCCUCAACAGAAUGGUUAGCACCAGGAGUAUUAGUUGUCCUGGAUGCACAUCCAACUGGAGUCAUAUACAAGGACCUCAUACCCGAGUAUGUUCAAAUUGCCAGGACCCUCUAUGAAGAUGAUUUCGGGGAAGUUGCUUUUGAUGUCAACUACCUAAACACAGGAGGUGAAACACCUAAGUUCCAAAUUUUCAUUUGCUGACCUCUUUGAGAAGGUUCAGGUGUGUCAAUUUACAGUUUCACGAAGUGAAAAUCGAUAUGCUCUAUAGAUAUUGCUUAUCAAUGUCAUGGAAUUUCUCUGCCUGAACCAAAAUGCAUCUUUGAAAUAUUUACUAUUCGUAUCUGAUUCUAGCGCAUUCAAGUGGAUGGUUGAAGGAUUUGUUGGAUGGAGAUUUUACUAUUGGAAUUAAGUGUCUUUAAAUCAUUUAGUUUUUGAGGGGGCAAUCCUUAUGACAGAAUACUCUCUCUUGAUUAUACUAUGAAGCUUGAAGAAUGAAACAAUGAUUGAACGGUGGGGGAUGUAGAGUACAAUUUUAUGGGUCACUGUAACCCAAUAGCUUUUGUGUAUGCCAUGUAUAUAUAAUAUAAGAAAUUCAUUAAACAUCUAAUAUUUAAUUGUGAACUCAA